AUGACGACUCUCGUGGCGACUCAACGGGCGCUAGAACACCUUAGCAUGAGCAACCACCAAGAUCGCCGACAACCCAAGCGCCCAGCCGCCGCGGCUGAUUUUGAAUGCGACGAUGAUUUCCAGUUUGUUCGAAAGGCGAAGAAGACGAAGACGGAGGAGACUGGGCUUGGGAGCAGGACGACAAGACAGAGCCGGACAGGAUCAGCACAGGCUGUGACGGAAUCUACAGCGCCACCGACGAGAGAUGCGGUUCCGUUAUCAACGUCGGCGACACCGGGCAGACGGAAGUCUUCGCGACGGAAAGCAGCGGAUGACGUACAUCAAAAUGAAGAGACUCAGGCUCCAAGGAGAGCAACGAGGAGAAGCACGCGUUCAGCUACGGCCGAAGCGGAUCAAAGCGCGCAGGAUUCACGACUGCAUGGCAGAACAGGAACGAAAGUAGCGAGCCCGGAUAGAGGACAGCCAUCGAAACCACGACGAUGGGAACCUUCACCAACGCCACGGAGACCGACAGAGACCAAGAUUGCUGUUCCGAUGAGCGACACUCCGAUUAUUAAUCGAAAUAAGGAGAUGCGCAAGAAGGGCGGGAAAGGGAACAGACGGAGCAGUUUGGGAUCCCGCGGGCGGAGAGCAAGCUCCCUCAUACAGAAUGGGCAAACAGCAUUACCGCACCGCGACGUGGAUACGUCGGAAUUCUACAAACAUAUCCAGGCAGAGGCGGUGGAACCAGAGAGGAUGCGAUACUUGUUGAUGUGGUGCGGCAAGCGCGCAUUACCAGAUAAACCGCCUCACGGGACGCCGAAUGCGAAUGCAAUACUGGGUGCACUAGCAAUUCAAGACCAAAUAUCAAAAGACUUUGCUCAAAGAGGAGACUUUUCAAACUGGUUCAGCAGGGACGAAGACGGACCGAAGCAAGCGGCUAUUCUAAAACCGAAUCCCCGGAAUAUCGAACUAGACGAAAAGUUGGUCAAUUUGGAAGCGAGGAUAAAAAAGUUACAAGAAGAAAAACAAGCCUGGUUAGCAAUACGGCAACCACCCCCAGACAUCCCCCCCAUAUUCAACUCCUCCGAACCGCCGAAAAUCGAACUCCCCGACUUCAACCUCCUGGAACCCGAAGAUGUCAAAAUACGGAGCUACCUCGCCGGCGAACUCGUCCCCUUUGCCGACAUGCGCGCCAAGACAGAAGAGAGGAUACGCAAAAUCCAGUCAUCUCUCGAGUUUGAAGUGGACCAGUUGGCGGACAAUGUGCACAAAUUAGAGCAAAGGGUGCUAGUGGCGGGCAGACAGGCCGAUAAAGUGCUGCGUCAUAGUGCGACGCGCCUGAAGGAGCGGGAGGAUAGGGACAAGAUGAGCGCUGGGACAAGGGAUAUGCCCUUGAUGGAGGUGCUGAGGAGUCUGAGCAACAUAUUACCAGAGGGAGGGGGGUGA